ACAGCCUUUCUCACUCCAUCCUCCCUCUUCUCUCAAGAUCCGUGCAAUGGCUAGGCACAUCAGCAACCUUACAAUUUUCCUGGACCAGUAUGAGCACGGAUUUUCCGAUGAAGACUUGAGCAGAAGACUAAACCGUACGGCUAUCUUACUGCGCAAUCCACCAUACCAUGCGACAGCUGCUCAACCAACGAGAAGUCGGCACCAAUCAGCUCAGAAGUGUCUUUUCAACAUACGAAAGCAAUUCGGGGAUCCAGUCUAUUAUCUCUGUCUAUUUGUAUCCACCAUAACUACACUUUCCACUGAGCGACAGCAGUUCAACGACGCUCUAGCGAAAUGGCCUGGUAAAGGCAAGAUUCCAGUUGCUUUUACAGAACAAGCCGAAGCGAUAGUCGAGCGGUAUCGAGCAGACAAGCGAGCAGAAGAAGAACGGCCCUCUCAUACGUCCCUUUCGAAACGUUCUCUGUCAACACCCCGUUCAACCCAACAAAGCUCGGCCGUGGACUCUGGAAAAGCGUUCAAACGAGCCAGGCUUAAGGGAGGGCCCAAGGGCUUGAUGUCAGUCGAAAGAAUGGUCGUGCACUCUGAGCCAGACGAGAUGAAUGACGAUACCUCGCGGCCCGGCAGCGAGUUGAAUACCGGGUACCGAGCAUCGUCAGAAAUACGAAAUGAGUGCAGCAUGACUUAUCAGGACCUUUACAUCAAUGCCCGGAGCAUUGUGGCUUCUCAGCUGGCCACUAGAAAUCGUCAGGUCUCUCACAGGCCCGAGAUCGAGGCUGCUGGGCGGGAGAUUGGACCAGACCAUCAAGCUGGUGGCCAAACUAUCGCACGAUGUGCCGAGAGUGAUGACAGUGACGAUGAAGAGGAUCUCCCAAUUUCAGCACCACUCAAUCCGAUCAAUUCCGUCGAUACAUUCCAAUCACAAGACGAUGAGCUACAAAGGGUAUACAGAGCGACGGCAAAAGAUGUCAUACAUGCACUCUCGCAUCCCGAAUUUAGUAUGGAAAGUGAAGGUACACUAACGGUUCCUUUCAUCAAAGGAGUUUCUCCAUUUAUCAUGUUCCCAGUAUCAGGCAAGGCAGCAAUGUACUUAACGCAUAGCCAGAAACGACUCAUGUAGAACUCACUUCGGUUACCACAACUUCGGCGACUCUACAUGGUCCGUAACAAACAAAUUUGAGUCCAGCCUCCCAUGGAAUUAUGACAGUAAAUCCCUUGUACUCCAUGCCAACCAUAUCAACUUGCUCGUCGUUGGAAUCGUGAAUGUAAACAGCUUUCCCUUCACCAGGCUUGAGGUGCAUGUCUACCAGUAAAACAGCCGUAUCCUGGCCUGGCACAUACCGAGCCAAGUCGUUGAAGUCCUGCCAUUUGGGAUUUGAACACUUAUGUCCGGUCUAUUCCCAAGUGAGCGUUAAUCACGUUGAAGUCCUGGGUGCACAUACUUCCUUCUCGCACUUCUUGACGAGCUUGUGGUCUGACGAAGUCUUUGUGCGAAUCUUUCUCAUUCCAUCGACCGUUAUGGUAUGAAGUAGAUCUAUCGCCACUCUCGUGUUGGGGUUUGCGCCGGCUUGAAAUUCGGUAUUCUCGUCAGGUAUCGGGCAAGGUUUCGCGUUGGUUGUCGCGUUAGAUCUUGAGUAGGGUUGCGGUAGCAAUCAGAGAGGGAAACUUGAAGGAUCUUUGCCAAAGGAUAAUGGUUAGAUAAAGCGGUAGAAGCAUUCGACAGGGCUUACCUCAAAUGUCAGCGCGCAAGCAUUUGUCCAAAUCUUUCUUGAGGGGCAGUAGUUUUGUGAGUAGGUCACCC